GCUGGUUCGUAAUGCAUCUCGCGGGAAGAUUUGUUGUUUUUUAGGUUUUUUUGCAUGAAGAAUUUGUAAGCAUUCAAAAUGCCUCUUUUUGGAAAAAUUGUGAUAAUCAAACGUUCGGGGCAGGAUGGUUCAACCUUUCCUUUAAUUGCAGACAAGUGUUUGUUUGGGAGGGGUAAUGACUGUGACAUUCGUGUACAACUGCCAAAUGUUUCAAGAGAACAUUGCAUGCUUACUGUAGACAAGAAUGAGAAGGUCCAUUUAACUUCCUUGACUAAUAUGAACCUCACCUUGUUGAAUGGAUUAUCUGUAACACACAAAACUCCUGUUAACCACAAAAACAUAAUCACUGUCAUUGACAGAAACUUCCGUUUUGAAUACCCACCAAAUUCAAUUCAUCGUCCAUAUCCCACACCAGAAAAAGAUGAGCAUAUACCUCUGAACUGUGAGCAGGCGACCCCUGCUCCAAAUGCUGCCAGUGUAAUGAAGAGUCCCAGUCAAAUUCCUGCUGAAUCAGUAUCUCCAAGUAAAAAGAAAACUUCCCCAGGAAAAACACCAGUAUCAAGAAAAAAGUCGUUAAGUAAAAGCCCUCCAUCUCUGAAAAAAGUACCUGAAAAGACUGUAACAAAAAGUCCUAAAAACUCUUCCACUCCAUCCCCUAAAAAUAUUAAGAAACCUGGUUCCAGCAAAAAAAAAUCACCAAAAUCAGGAAAAGUUUCUGUGGAAAAACGAAAACUUUCACCAAAUAUUGAUGAUUAUGGAACAAGCACAAAAAAGAAACGGGUAUCAUUUGGUCCAGUGUUGAGUCCAGAGCAAUUUGAUAUCAAUAUGCCUCCCUCUACCCCCCUGAAAAGAGGUAGUUUUCCCUCACGAAGAACAUCUGUUCCUAACUAUUUUGGUUCGCCAAUUUUAACACAUUUUGCAACCUUAAGGAAAGGCCGCGUGUCUGAAGUUCCUCGAGAACUUAAAAUCAACGAAGAAUCACCACAAAAAAAAUCAUCAUCUUCACCCAAAAGACUUUCUUCUGAAAAUAACCAAAAAGAGAAUGCUCUCUCUAAAAAAUCAUCUAAGUCACCAGGAAACAAAAAAAUGGCUAGUCCAUCCAUUGCUACAUCCCAUGCUGUAAGUGUUAAUCAUCUAAAUGAAUCCAUUUCAAAAACAUUGAAAGUAAAUACAUCACUUGUACAAAAGCCUGCAAGUGUCAAAGGGUCAAAAAUUAGGCCCAAAGCUUUUUAUGCAUCUACAAAAAAACGUAUUUCAAUGCCUAAUCAGUUACUUAAACAGAAGUAUGAAUCUUCUAUGACCAAACGAAGAAAUUCUGAUUCAAACAUAAAAAGGAGCACAAAAAACAGUCAUUCAUUAACUAGUUUAAGAGAAGUGAAUAACAAAGACUCAUCAGAUAAUUCAACAAAUGGGCCUAUCUCUGUAACAUCUAAAAAUGACAAAGAAAUAGUUUGUAAUAAAUUGAAAAACUUGCCAAAUUCACAUGGCAGAUACAAAACAAAGAAGAUUUCUUUGACUCCCAAGGCUUCUCAGGGAGCAUCAGUGUCUAUCUCCAAGAAUUCAGUUGAAGCAAUAAAAAAACCAGUAAGAAAUUCUAGAAGUCCUAGAACUAUUGAGAAAAGAUCUUCAAUUUCAUUAUUAUAUGGGGUUAAAUCACCACAAGUAAAACAAAUACUGAAAGCUAGAAAAGUAAGGUCUGUGAGCCCUCAAUGCAUUCAAGAAAAGAAGGCUCUGAAAUCCUCUUUAUUGGAUAUAACUUGUAAUGGAAAUAAACAGUUAUCGUCAUCCUUUAAUGAAAUGUCGCUUAAAAACAGUCAACCAAUAUCUUUAACUCCAUCCAACUUAGGUUUAUCCAAGAGAGUAAGCAGUAAAACACCACCAUCUUUAACCAGUCCUGAAAUGGGUGAAACAAUAACUAGAAGCUCAGCUAAAAAAAGAAUGAUUUCACCCAAAGUAGUUACACCAGUAUCAAAACCAGCAACACCUUCUGACAGUAAGAAAUCAGCUGUACAUGCAACGAAGAUCUUGACUCCUUUAAGUAACAUAAACAAAAAAACAACUCCAAGAGUCAAAACUGGUAAAACCCCAAGAAAGUCUCCGAAAACUGUUAACAAACAACUAUGGUCAGAGGUUUUAAAGAAGGGUCUGAUGCAAAAGGGCAUUGUUGCAACCAAAAAAACGGCCAAAAAACUAGCUUUAAAGAAGUCACUAAAAACGACAAAGAAUCAAGUUAAAUCCCAAACGGCUACUCCUUUAAAGGCACCUUUGUUAAAUAGUACUGGACAUGCUGAUUCUCCUGCUACUAUAUACAUUACCAAAAAAGUUAAGGCUCGUAUAGCUCUAACCCGAAAAGGUAGAAAGACGCCAUACAAAAAUAUCAUCAAGCAGAUGAAAAUAGGAUCCAAAAAAUCAGAGACUCCAGAAACUAGUUUCACAGGAGUAGAGUCUUUGUUGAAAACACCAAAGCCAUUUUCUAGAAGAAAAAGCUUGAAUAAGUUCCAAAAUGUGAAUUCUAACAUGUUCUCCAGUUUAUCACCUGAUAAACUACCAAAUGUUUCAGAUGAUCUAUCUGUUUUGCACAAGGGUAAGACAAACCAGUCUUGUUUGAUGUCAGAUUUCUUAAAUGACAAUUCGCUUGUAAAGUCAGAUGUUGAAAUUCCCCUCAAAUCUAAUUCUAGGACUAAAAAAUUAACUCCAAAACAAGGUAAAGAAAAAGAAGAAAUGUCUGUAAGAGAUAUUCUGGAAUAUACUAAUGUUACAGUUAAUGAGAAUGACAAACUGAAAUCUGAUGGAAAAACAGUAGUAAAAAAAUUUGUUGAAACUCCUCAGAGAACUCCACCAGCAUGUUACAUUAAUGGUGAAGGUAUAAAAGAAAUUGUACAUACUUCAAGUACUCUUCCUAAUGUUGAUUAUAGAACUGUAAAGGGAGCUAAGAGACUGGCUCAAAUACCAAAAUCUGCUCCAAGAGCUUUAAAAAGACUGGUAAAUACUCCUCAAGCUGAUUAUAGAAAUGUGGAAGGCAUUAAAAGACUGUUCAAAACAUCAAGAUCUGGCCCAAAACCUUUAAAAAGGCUAGUACAUACUCCUCAAGCUGAUUAUAGAAAUGUGAAAGGCAUUAAAAGACUGGUCAAAACACCAAAAUCUAACCAUAAAGCUUUAAAAAAUCUUAUUAAUACACCCCAAGCUGAUUAUAGAAAUGUGGAAGGCAUUAAAAGACUGGUCAAAACACCAAGAUCAGAACCAAAAGCUUUAAAAAGAUUGGUAAAUACACCUCAAGCUGAUUACAGAAAUGUAGAGGGCAUUAAAAGACUUGUUAGAACACCCUCAGACACUCCAAAAGCUGACUACUCAAACACUGAAGGUAUUAAAAGAUUACUUCGUAAUCCUGAAAAGGUUCCUCAGUCAGACUAUACUGAUGUUGAAGGUGUCAGAGAAUUAAUGAAACAAAGAAAUGGAACCCCAAGAAAUAUUCAGCAUUUAAAACAAGUGAAGACACCAAAUAGAUCUCCAAGAGCCAGUUUCUCCAAUUUAUCUGGCAUUCAUUCUCUGUUUAAAAUGCCAGAAACACUUCCAGAGCCAGAUUUUACUGGAUUGGCAGAGAUUUUUGUCACUCCAGAAAUUUCAAAGCAAUCUCAGACACCAGCAUCAAAAAAAACUAAAAGGACAAAAAUAAGGCACACACCAUCAGCAGAUGUUAUUUUGCCAUCAGUGCUCAAGCAAAAAGUGAUAACAACCAUUAAUGAUGCAGCAAUGAAAGAAACAGAAAAGAAUGAGACAUCUCAUUAUUUAACCACUCGUAGCACAAGGAGAGGAGAGGCAGAAAUUAUUUCUGUGAAGAAUAAAAAUCAAUUGGAAACUAUAGGAAACAGAAUAUCUUCUGGAAUGAUUGAUAAUGAGGAGCAACCUAAGGCUAUAGAAACUCCAGGCAUAAAUCUUUCUAGUACACCCAAGGGAAGAAGGGGUCAGAAAGAACAAACAACCCAGGAUCAGAGUGGAAACCUUGUACUGUCUGCUACAAAUGUUUCUAGUACACCCAAGGGAAGAAGGGGUCGAAAACCACAACAAAAUCAAGAUCAGAGUGAAGCUUUCUUCCUGUCUAUUACAGAUGAUAAAAUUAAGCAGACAGAUACCUCAGAAACAAACAUGUCUAAUACACCCAAGGGAAGAAGGGGUCGUAAACCACAACAAAAUCAAGAGCAGAGUGAAGCUUUCUUCCUGUCUAUUACAGAUAAUAAAAUUAAGCAGACAGAUACCACAGAAACAAACAUGUCUAAUACACCUAAGAGAAGAAGGGGUCGUAAACCACAACAAAAUCAAGAUCAGAGUGAAACUUUCUUCCUGUCUGCUAUAGAUGAUAAAAUUAAGCAGACAGAUACCACAGAAACAAACAUGUCUAAUACAUCCAAGGGAAGAAGGGGUCGUAAACCACAACAAAAUCAGGAUCAGAGUGAAACUUUCUUGCUGUCUACUACAGAUGAUAAAAUUAAGCAGACAGGUGCUCUAGAAACAAAUAUUUCUAAUACACCCAAGGGAAGAAGGAGUCGGAAGAAACUACUAAACCAGGAUCAGAGUGAAGCUCUUGUACUGUCUGUUUUAGAUGAUAAAAUUAAACAGACAGGCACUUCAGAGACAAACAUUUCUAGCACACACAAGAAAAGAAGGGGUCGGAAACCACAACAAGAUCAAGAUCAGAGUCUCUUGCUGUCUGUUACAGAUGAUAAAAUUAAGCAGACAGAUAUUAUAGAAAUGAAUAUAUCUAGCACACCCAAAGGAAGAAGGGGUCAGAAACAACAACUAAGCCAAGAUCAGAGUGAAAUUCUUGUACUUUCUGUUACAGAUGAUAAAAUUAAGCAAAUAAACUCACCAGAAACAAAUAUUUCUAAUACACCCAAGAGAAGAAGAGGUCGGAAACCACAACAAAAUCAAAAUCAGAGUGAAAACCUAUUGUUGUCUGCAACAGAUGAUAAAAUUAAGCAGACAGACAAACUAGAAACAGAUAUUUCUAGAACACUCAAGGGAAGAAGGGGUCAGAAACAACAACUAAACCAGGAUCAGAGUGAAACUCCUAUACUCUCUGCUACAGAUGAAAAAAUUAAGGAAAUAAAAUCCCCACAAACAAAUGUUUCUAACACACCCAAGGGAAGAAGGGGUCGGAAACCAAAACAAAAUCGGAAUCAGAGUGAAACUCUAUUGCCGUAUACAACAGAUGAUAAAAUUAAGCAGACAGAUAUUCUAGAAACAAAUGUUUCUAGAAUACUCAAAGGAAGAAGGUGUCAGAAACAACAGUUAAACCAGGAUCAAAGUGAAACUCCUAUACUGUCUGCCACAGAUGAAAAAAUUAAGCAAAUAAACUCUCCAGAAACAAAUGUUUCUAACACACCGAAGGGAAGAAGGGGUCGGAAACCACAACAAAAUCAGAGUGAAACUUGCUUGCUGGUUGCUACAGAUGAUAAAAUUAAGCAGACAGACACUCUAGAAACAAAUGUUUCUAGAGCAUUUAAGGGGAGAAGGGGUCAGAAACAACAGCUAAGCCAGAAUCACAGUGAAACUCCUGUACUGUCUCCUUCAACUGAUAAACCUAGUGUACUAAAUGCACCAAAUUCAAAAGCUGGUUUUGACAAAACUCCAGAAUUCAACAUUUACAGCACAUCUAAAGUGACAAAGGAUCUGAAGAGAAAAAAGGCAGCAAAGGAUAAAAGUGAAGUGUCUGUAAUGUCAACAACAACUAACAUAUGUAAAAUUUCAGGAAUUUCAGACCAAAAUGUUUUGAGCACACCUAUGAGGAAUCAGAAUAAUAUAUUUCCACAAAAACAAUGUGAUGCACUUGUUUCAUCUGCUAAAGCUACCAAAAUAAAAUCUGUUGAAAAUACAGACACAGUAAUUUCUUCAACACCCAUAAAAAGAAAGGGUAGACCAAAGAAAACCCUUAAUGAAACCAUUUCAGAGAACCAUUUCACUGGAACUCUUGUUGUGACCAAAAGAUCUAGUCUUUCUCCAGACACAAAAAACAUUUCUGGUUCACCCAAAAGAAAGAGGCUUUUGGAAAGUAAUAUAACUGAUGACUUUUCAAAAAAAGACAGUAGCGUGAUUUCUGUAGUUGGUGAAGUAUCUAAAGAUGCUGCUCUCAAGCAAAUAAUUAUGUCAUGUGGAAGAAAACUUCGUACAAAAGAAGAAGACCAUGUGGAAGCUCCCAUUCCUGUUGAUCAACAGGUGGAAUUGACACCAAAAUUAAGAGGAAGAAAGCGAGGCAGAAAUCAAGGAAAAUCUGCCACACCUGAACAGAAAGACAAAAAUAUAGAAAAAACACAAGAAACAUCUCCAACACCAGCCAAAAAGUUAAAGAAAAUGGAGGAACAAGUCAUUACUCCUCUUCCAGUUUCUAAGAAGGGUAGGAAGAAAAAGUUUGUAUCUCUUGAAGGAAAUAACCAAAAAGAAAAAGAUUUUCAGAAAGAUCAAAAUAUUUCAAACAUUAUUACCCAGACAACUGGAAGUGCUAAACAAGGGCAAAAGAAAGCUAACAACGAAGUUUAUAAAACUGUAAAUUUCAAAGGUUUAAACACAGAUAAUGAUGAAACAUUAAAUAACAAAAUAAAUCAUGCUCAGAAAACUAACACCAGGUCACGUAAAAGACGAUUGGAAAACUCAAUAGACAUAAGUAAAAAUGUUGAGGAACUUUCAUCAGUUUCACCAAAAGCUGCAAGCAAACAGACUGUAAAAAGAGGGAAGAGUGCCCAAGCCAAAUCAGACCUUAUUUCUCCUCAUUCUAAGAAAGGUAACAAGAGAAUUCAUCAGUCUCCUGAAGCAAAGGUGGAAUUUGAUAAAAUUAUGCAAAAUGAUAAGUCUGAGCCAACAGUUAGAAGAAGUGGCCAGAGGAAAAAUCAAACUUUGCAAGCAGGAAAAAAAGUGAGACAAUUAAAAGCUGUUUCAGAAGAAGUUCCUGCAAGAAAGACUAGAGAUAGAAGAGUAUAUGAGUCCACAGAAAGCCCUAACGUUGCUAAUAAGGACAAUUCCACAAUUUCUCCAGAAACGAAAAUUGUAUCAAAAACAAGGAGCAGUAGGGUUGGUCGGAAGCAAGUAGCACAGAAAAAUGUGGAAGUUGAUGCUGAAAAGAUCACUGUAAAGUGUGAUAAUAUCCCAAAUACAAAAGGAAAUGAGUCUCAGAUAACAAGCAUUAAACAGGAACAAGAAAUGAGUACACAACAAAAGAAAACAGUUAUAGGAAGGAGAAAAAUUGUGACUGUAAAUGAAAAAAGUGAAAUUCCAGUUAAAAGUGCAAAAGGACAGAAUGAAGGAAGAGGCAAGAAAAUACAAGAACCAUCUUCAUCUGGAAAGGAAAAACAUCCACAGCCUGACCUUGGCAUCAUGAACACCACUGAUGUACAGAUACCUUUAGUGAAAGGUAGAAGAGGGAGGAAAGCUCAGUCCUCAGUAAAGACAAGUCAAGCUAGCCCUACAUUGAAGACACGGGCUACUCGAUCAUCAACAAGAGCGAUAAAGUCAGUUCAAGGUGGGAGUAAACAGUAGAUGACUCCUCAGAAGUCUGAACCAUGAUAGUUUAUACAUAUAAUCAUGGUUUGUUUUAGACCUUUGUAAUGGUGUAAUUUUGCAUGUUAGGAUUAGUUCUGUUUAUAUUCAUUGCAUUUUCAUAUGUAUCCAUUUCCCAUUGAUUGUACAAUUGUAUGUCUUUACUGUGUAUCCACCAACAGUACCAGGUCUUGUGUAACUGUGUUCAUACCAUUUUAAAUAGCAUUUUUGUGCCUUCACUGGUAUUUUUAUACAGUUAUGAGAGAUGAAGUUUUAACUGUCAUAAUCACAUUGAGUUUUUACUAAAUAUUUUUACACCCAUUGGUUUUUAUGUUUUCUUUUUAAUAUUAACAUACAACUUACUACAAAAAUUUUGCACAUGAGGAGUCUUUAUACUAAUAAUUUAUAUGUAUGUGUGUGUACUUGAGUCUUAGUGCUAUUUAGAGAUUUGACAUUGUUUAUUUGCACUGUCCUCAUUAAAUCAUGCAUAAAACCAUUCAUUUGGAAAUAUGAAGCCUCUUGUUAAGGAAAGAAUGAGAGAAAUGAGAGUUCAUUUAUUCUUUAUUUGUUUAAAUUGGUGUAGGGUUUACUCUGAGAUUUGUGUAAUUUGUACUUUUAUCCACUUGGUGUUUGUCUAUAAAAAAUGUAAGUCAACAUAAAAUAUCCAGAAUAAAACAUUAUUCUUCCUUUCCAAUUAUAGUUUUUGGUUUUUAUAGCUAACAUCAGAAGUUUUGGGACAAGUCUUGCACAUGGUAAAAGAUGUGCAUAAAUGGCUGUACACAGCAUGGGUUUUGUACAAUGUAGUGUAAAAAAGGCCAAGAACAUAAAUUGCAGAUAUUUCAUCUUGGUAUGUUUGUGUGGUGGUACUGUAGUUGAGAGUUGUUAGUUUUUAUACUUGACCAAUAGAGAAAGUAUUAUCCUUCACAAUGCCUUACCUUCCAAAAUACAGUUUCACCUUAAUUGCCUAUUAUGCCUGUAUACCUUUUAAGUUGUCUUUUAGAAGUAAGUUUUGUUGUAAAUGUAUUUUUUUCUUCAUUCAAUUCAUCAAGUUAUGUUGUAUAUAGAUUUUGGGUCAUUGAUCUUUAAUAAAAUCGUUCAGUAUUCAACCUAGAAA